GAAAAAAGAUCUUGUUAAACUUUCAAGGGCGGGGAGAGGGGGGAAGAAGAGAGGGUGAGAGCGAAACAAACGAGGCUUUUUUAUCUGUUGUGAUCAAGGAAAACCUGUAGGGGUCCUUAAGGAGGUUUCAAGGCGUUCCGAGUGAUUGGAAAGUAAUCACCGUGUCAGCUUCACCUUUCUCAUGCAAAGUGGGUGUCGUAGGCAAGGCGGAUCUUGCACAGGGUUUUGUUUUGUUUUGUUUUGUUUUUUUAAAUCCUGGAACACAACCACCUCCUAAAAAACAGCUGCAACAGUCCCAGGACUUGCUACUACUAAGAGGAGAGGAGAGAUCAGAACCAGUCCUGCCUUGCAAAGCGCUAAAGGACAAACCCGUUGCAAAAAUAGAAGGGGGAGGGUUUCAGCCCUUCUCCGACGGCUUAGAAGAUAUUUCCUUCUCCUUUUUCUCUGCUGCGGGAUACGCCACCACCGCGCCGCCACCUAGGGAGCACGAAGAUCGCCUAAAGACUGCAGCACCGACCAAAAACCCUGCGGGACAUGUGGAAAUUGAUCACUUGGAUUUAACAACAAACCAAGAGCUAUCGCUGUGUCUGGGGGACCGCAGGGAGGGAGCGCUGGAGAGGUCUCCGAAGUGGAACCCUUAGAGAAAAAAAAGGAAGUUUCUCGGCUCCUCGCAGUAAGUUUGGUGAGUCUAUGGAUGGGGGUGGCUCCAGAACGGCUGAUUGUUUGCAAACUGCCCCUAGCGUCUCUCCUUCCCUCCCUGCCAGCGCCACCGGGGCUGGAAAAUGACUUGCACGGACUUUUGCUGAGAGUGGCUUGGAAGCAGGAGACACGCGCGCAGCAGCUGGCUAAUUAAUGGCUGUGGGCUGUGCUGACCUUUCUAGCGCCGCUGGUGUCUGUCCCACGCGGCGGUGAAAGUCCCUUGUGAAAGUGGGGGGCGAUGCUCCCCGGCGAGGGAGCCGUGGAGCGGCUGGACUGAACUCCCCUCCCGGAGCGUAAUUCGCCUGCGAAAAGCACCCGUGCUCCGACUGCACGCGUGGCUGGACGUUUCGUUGUGGCUGAUAACAUGGGGCCCGAGAGGAGGAACUUCGUGCAAACUCUCCUCCUGUCCUUUCGUCUAAUUUGCUUUUGCACUGGGAUCAGCUCCAUAGACAUUGACCGCCCAGGCGAUGGGAGAUGCCAGCCCAUAGAAAUCCCCAUGUGCAAGGAUAUAGGCUACAACAUGACUAGGAUGCCUAACUUGAUGGGGCAUGAGAACCAAAAGGAAGCGGCCAUUCAGCUGCAUGAGUUUGCCCCCUUGGUGGAGUAUGGCUGUCACAGCCACUUGAAAUUCUUCCUCUGCUCUCUCUAUGCCCCUAUGUGCACGGAGCAGGUCUCCACGCCAAUCCCAGCCUGCAGGGUUAUGUGUGAGCAGGCCAGGCUGAAAUGCUCUCCCAUCAUGGAACAAUUCAAUUUCAAGUGGCCAGACUCCUUAGACUGCAGCAAAUUGCCCAAUAAGAAUGAUCCCAAUUACCUAUGCAUGGAAGCCCCUAACAACGGAUCCGAUGAGCCACCCAGAGGCUCCAGCAUGUUGCCACCCAUGUUUAGGCCGCAGAGGCCCAGCAAUGGUCACGAUUUGCAGCAGCACAAGGACAGCUUCAGCAGAGCCACCUGUGAGAACCCUGGCAAGUUCCAUCAUGUGGAGAAGAGUGCUUCCUGCGCUCCACUCUGCACCCCAGGGGUGGAUGUUUACUGGAGCAAGGAGGACAAACAGUUUGCUGUCAUUUGGAUUGCCAUCUGGUCCAUCCUGUGCUUCUUUUCCAGUGCUUUCACCGUGCUCACUUUUCUGAUAGAUCCUCAGCGCUUCAAGUACCCUGAAAGGCCCAUCAUCUUCCUGUCAAUGUGCUACUGUGUCUAUUCAGUGGGGUACAUUAUUCGCCUCUUUUCAGGCGCUGAGAGCAUAGCCUGUGACAGAGACAGUGGGCAACUUUACGUUAUCCAGGAGGGACUGGAAAGCACCGGAUGCACCAUUGUGUUCCUGGUCCUGUAUUAUUUUGGUAUGGCAAGCUCAUUGUGGUGGGUAAUUUUGACUUUAACUUGGUUUCUGGCUGCUGGGAAGAAAUGGGGGCAUGAAGCAAUUGAAGCCAACAGCAGCUACUUUCAUUUGGCAGCCUGGGCCAUUCCAGCUGUGAAGACCAUAAUGAUCUUAGUUAUGAGAAGGGUAGCAGGAGAUGAGCUGACAGGAUUGUGCUAUGUUGGAAGCAUGGAUGUGAAUGCCUUAACUGGAUUUGUACUCAUUCCUUUGGCUUGUUAUCUAAUCAUAGGCACUUCUUUCAUUCUUUCUGGUUUUGUGGCCCUCUUCCAUAUCAGGAGGGUGAUGAAAACAGGUGGAGAAAACACAGAUAAGUUGGAGAAACUUAUGGUCAGGAUCGGUGUUUUUUCAGUUUUAUAUACAGUGCCUGCUACAUGCGUAAUAGCUUGCUACUUUUAUGAAAGACUUAACAUGGAUUAUUGGAAAAUUGUGGCAAUGCAAUAUAAAUGCAAGAUGAACAAUCAGACUAAACAUUUGGACUGCAUGAUGAAUAAUUCCAUUCCUGCAGUAGAAAUUUUUAUGGUGAAAAUUUUCAUGUUGCUGAUUGUGGGCAUUACCAGUGGUAUGUGGAUCUGGACUUCCAAGACACUUCAAUCCUGGCAAAAUGUUUGUAGUCAAAGAUUAAAAAAGAGAAGUAGGAGAAAACCUGCAAGUGUCAUUACAAAUAGUGGAAUCUAUAAAAAACCACAACAUCCCCAAAAAACUCACCAUGCAAAAUAUGAAUCAGCAUUACAGCCACCCACUUGUGUAUGAACAGUAUAUAACAAAAACUUUAUCUCAGUUUGUAGACACUUCUAAAUGCCCGCAGUAGAAACAUUUUAAAAGGUGCUUUUUGUCUGAGAACAGUGUUGUAAAUCAAGGCAAAAAUGUAUCUCACUGAAAUUUAGGACCUAUCGAUAAACUGAAGGUAAAUGUACUUAGGAAAAGAUGUUCAGUGAAAGGACUAUGGUUAAUUAAAGCAGUUUCUUCUGUUGCUAAUUUGUACUAAGAUAUUUCAUCCAGCCUUCUGAUAAAAAAAACCCUCUUCAUAAACUUUAUAUGAAGCUGAGCUGGAGUUGCUACAGAUUUCUAAAUAACAAGAUAUAAUCAAAUUUUAUGGAAGUACGAUAUUUUUUAAAGAGCCUGACAGAAAAUUGUGGGGGUUUGGGAAACUUAACAAUUUCACAGAGGCCUACUCUAAGUAAGUGGAAAGCAACUUCUGUGCUAACCUAAGAAAAAAGAAACCCUUUACAACUCUCCUUCAGCCUAGUGGGUUUGAAGUAUUUAAAAUAGCUUCAAUCUAUAAGCUCACCAAUAUUCUUUCACUAAAAGAGAAACUUCCUGCAUGAGACACAAACUUUGUGAAUAAGAAUAAUGUGCAAUACAUUUUUUUCCUUACCAUGACAUGAAAAGAGAAACAAGCAUUUUGCUGUACAUAAAGACAACAAAAGAAAUCUCUUAACAAAAGAACUAAGAGGUCUAGUCCUCAGAAACCCUUUAGUGUUACAUUUUGUGGCUUUUUAAUGGAAAUCAAGCCAAUGUUAUACACGUUUGGACUGAUUUGUGCAAAAAAAAAAGUGCGUGUGGGGUGCGGUCAAUUCAAAGAGACCCAAAGGGCUUAUUGACUCUUUCUAUUGUUAAACAAAUUCUCACCAUGAAUAGAUCAAGAAGCACUAGAUUCUGCAAAAGCAAGCUUUGUACAGAGUGAUGCUCUUUAUCUGUGCUUGAAGGGCACAAUUAUUUGCUGUAUAUGUUUGUAAUAUACAGCUAUUUUUCAUGCUCCAUUAUUUUAUAAAAAUAAAAUACAUACAUUAGUUUGAUAAUUUUGUCUGCUCUAAACUUCCUCCAUGUGCUUUGUGGUUAAUAAACUUUGUUCUCAAUGAUUUACUAAAGGUAUAUUUUGAAUGUAGCAUUCCAGAGUGAAGUAUGUUAUACUUGACACAUAAGGACUGCAAGUGUAAUCGGAUUGACCCUUACAGUGCAAUGGGAGAAUAGCAAGUUGAAAAAAAAAGUUUUAAGUUGCAUCUUUCUAUGAAUCUUUGCAAUUAAGAGAACUGAAUGAAAAGGAGCUUUAAAAUAGAUACCCAGUGAUUUAAUAUUAUGUUUACUAAGAACAAAGAUUACAACAAUGAUCCUUGGUUAUAAACAGCUUUAAAAUCUGCAGAGAGCACAUUCAGCAUGUUGAAGAGAGCUGAAUUACUACAGCACUGUUUUAUAUAAUGCAACCCGUACAUAACAAAGAUUUGUUUUCCUGGUAAUAGUACUGAAAGGUAGUGAAUUAAUAACCAUAAAGAGACUAGUAAAAGAUCAGUAGGGGAAAACAGUUGGUGAACAAUUUUCAGAGAGAGCAUAUAUAUAUAUCUUUUGUGUAAAUUGUAAUGAAGUUACAACUAAAAUAUGACACCCCCUUCCACCCUUUUGUGUCUAUGUGCCAUUCUUUGGAAUGAAGCUUUGUAGACGUCUUGGAAGUUAAUCCUGUCAGAGUACACCCUGGCGGAGCCAAACUAGGACAUGGCUCUAAACACAUUUUGUUCUGAAACUACUGCAUUAAUGCUUUCAUUCUAGUUAAGAUCAGUUAUGUAAGAUCCUAAGGACAAGCUUCAUUAAAUAAGAAGCUUCAGAAUACCAAUUAACUUAGAAAGUCCAUUGGUGUUGUGAUCACCUUUCCAGUACCAGGUCUACUUUAAAAAAUUCUGUGUCCUCUUUGGGAUAAAGAUAAGGAGCACUUUUAUAAAUGAUAGAUACGUAUUUAGAGAAUGUUUUAGGCUGCAGUCUUAAGUAUGGGAACAACCAAGAUUAUGCAAUAUAUGGCAAAGUACACUGAGUGGUAGGUAACACUUAAAAAUAAAUUGCUGCUAGUUUCUUUUCAUGGUAAAUGAUAAUUGUGGAACAGUAAACAGAAUGACCUGCCUUAAAAAUUAAGUAAGCAUGAUGGGAUUCGUAUAUUGCAGGGCAGAAAGGAAUUUUGUGAUACCUAGUCUGACUUCCUGCAUAAUACAUGUCAUAGAACUUCCCCAAAAUAGUUCCUAGAGCAUAUCAUUUAAAAAGCACAAAACCCAUCUUGAUUUUAAAAAUGCCAGUAAUAGUUAAUCCACCAUAAUCCUUGGUAAAUGGUUCCAAUUAUUAAUUACUGUUAAAAAUUUACACCUUAUUCCCAAUCAUCUGCAAACAAAGAGUUUAAUCAGUUAACUUCAAUGUGAAUCCUUUAGUAUUAACAGAGCAAGACUACAAGUUGUUUUUAUAAAGGCACAAUAUCUGAAGUGUUUAGCUAGAUACGUCAAUUGUACACUUGCUAACAUUAGAGCAAGAAGUGUGGGUAUUUAUGCCCAUUUUUAUUGUUAUUAAGUACUGCUUUUUAAAAAAUCUCUGGUAUUGAUAAGCAAGAUGUAUGUCUCAAGUAAAUUGAUGUUUUUGUUAUCAACUUAGUCCUUAAUAUUCUGGAAAUAUAUUUGAACCGAAUGAUUACCUCAUAGGGCAUCUAUGAUUCUAUUC